AUCUAGUAUGAGGGAGAAGGGAAUACAGGAAAUUAGUUUAAAGAGUAUAUUGAGUUGAACGUCAUUAGAUACAGUCUCAAAUAUUUUGUAAUAUUUUUUAAGAGAAACGUGGCUGGCAGGUAGAAUUUAGUUUCUUCCUGGCCCACUGUCCAAUACAGUAGGUGGCGGUAAUGCACCAUAACGUUGGAUGCCAACGCCCGACAAAGCCUAGCGAAGGAGAAAAAGAAGAUGGCAGACGUUACCGAGGUGGAUGCAGAGAAACUCAGCAAAAAUGAGCUGAAGAGGCGAAUGAAAGCUGAGAAGAAGGCAUCUGAGAAGGAAGCCAAAGUCAAAGAGCAGGUUGAGCAGAAGGAGACCAAUGACCAGGCAGUUCAGAAUGCAUACGGGGCAGAUGAGGAGACCCUGGACCCUAACCAAUACUUUAAGAUCCGCACUCAAGCCAUCCAGGCUCUGAAGGGCACAGCAGAGGACCCAUACCCUCACAAGUACAAUGUAGAUCUGUCGCUCACAGAUUUCAUUGAGAAAUACAACCACCUACAGCCUGGAGACCAGCUAACAGACAUUGUCCUCAAUGUGUCAGGUCGUGUCCAUGCCAAGAGAGAGUCCGGGGCCAAGUUAAUCUUCUAUGACUUGCGAGGGGAAGGCGUCAAGCUGCAAGUUAUGGCAACCAACAGGAGCUACAAGUCUGAAGGGGAGUUUGUGCGCAUCAACAACAAGCUGCGGCGUGGUGACAUCAUUGGUGUUCGUGGUAACCCAGGGAAGACCAAAAAGGGCGAGCUGAGCAUCAUUCCCAUAGAGAUGACCCUGCUUUCACCUUGCUUGCACAUGCUGCCCCACCUGCACUUUGGUCUCAAGGACAAGGAAACACGAUUCCGCCAGCGAUACCUGGAUCUGAUUCUCAAUGACUAUGUGAGGCAGAAGUUUGUAACACGUGCCAAGAUCAUCACUUACCUCCGCAGCUUCCUGGAUGAGCUGGGAUUCCUGGAGAUUGAGACGCCCAUGAUGAACCUGAUUCCUGGUGGGGCCGUGGCCAAACCCUUUGUGACCUACCAUAACGACCUAGACAUGAACCUUUACAUGAGGAUCGCUCCUGAGCUCUACCACAAGAUGCUUGUGGUUGGGGGGAUUGACAGAGUGUAUGAGAUUGGACGGCAGUUCAGAAACGAAGGCAUUGACCUCACCCACAAUCCAGAGUUCACCACCUGCGAAUUCUAUAUGGCCUAUGCAGAUUACCAUGACUUGAUGGAUAUCACAGAGAAGCUUCUCUCGGGGAUGGUCAAGCACAUCACUGGAGGGUACAAAGUGAAGUAUCAUCCAGAGGGUCCAGAGGGCCCGACCUAUGAGAUCGACUUCACUCCUCCCUUCAGGAGGGUCAGCAUGACACACGACCUGGAGAAGGAGAUGGGCGUCAAGUUCCCAGCUGCUGACACCUACGACAGUGACGGGACCCGUAAAUUCUUUGAUGAACUGUGUGCCCAGAAAGGAGUGGAGUGCCCUCCUCCUAGAACCACUGCCCGCCUCCUUGACAAGUUGGUGGGAGACUUCCUGGAAGUCACGUGUAUCAACCCCACGUUCAUCUGUGACCACCCACAGAUCAUGAGCCCCCUGGCCAAGUGGCACCGGUCAGAGAAAGGCCUGACGGAGCGUUUUGAGCUGUUUGUAUUGAAGAAGGAGAUCUGUAAUGCCUACACUGAGUUGAACGACCCUAUCAGACAGAGGGAGCUCUUUGAGCAACAGGCUAAGGCCAAGGCAGAGGGUGAUGACGAGAGCAUGUCCGUUGAUGAGACUUUCUGCACGGCACUAGAGUAUGGCCUGCCACCAACUGCUGGCUGGGGCAUGGGCAUUGACCGCCUUACCAUGUUCCUCACAGACUCCAACAACAUCAAGGAGGUGCUGUUCUUCCCUGCCAUGAAGCCUGAUGACAACAAGACAGCCCCUCUCACAGAGGGCACCUCUGUGUAGUAUUGUGACCUCGCCUGCUGGCAGAUCUCUGCAGGGGUUGGCAUGGUGAUGAAGCCUGGGGAAAUAAUCAGAUUGGUCUGUUGGUCUCACUAUGUGUCCCAGUGGCAUUGACUGUUUUCCAUUUUAUCAUAUGGUUUGAAUCUUGCCAUCUGCAUUAUUAAGGGAAAUAAGUUACUUAAAUAAUUUUUCCUCCAUUACAAUAGUGUGCUCUUAUUACCUUGCUCUUUGUCUCUUUUCUGUCUUCCCACAUUAGUGUGGUGGACAUCCAAGCCCAAUGUAAUGUCAGUGAAUGAGGGUUUCUGGACAUGUUUGUUGUGUUAUUGUAUUCUAUACAGUCCAACUACAAACAAAAAAACAUUGUUCACCCACACAACUCCCAUUGGAACAAAAAUAAAAUUUGACAAAAAUGUGA